UAUAAUAACACCAUUGUUUUAUUUCAUGGUUUCUCUAUAUAGGUUUACCUUUGCAGAGAUCAUGGGUACUUGGCAUCCUGAUCAUCAAGAAGAACAUCCUUUAAAUUGCAUAAGCAAGAUUCUGUUGGAGGAAGACAUGGAAGAAGGAACCUAUUUUUUCUCAGAUGCUACUGUUGAAGCUGCUCAAAGGUCCUUUUCUGAUGCACUUGCGGAGAAAAAACAUAGCUCAGCAGAACAACAACGGUUAAUUAAUGCUUCACGUAGUAAUUAUUCAUCAAGAUCACAGCACAUGAUUAACUUAGACACAGUACAUAACACUACUACUACUCGUUCUUGCAAUUGCAAUAGCUGUGAUCAUUGCUUUAAUGUUUUUAGUACUGCUGCUAAUAAGAAUGUGGACAAACCCUUUUUGCUUAAUGAUGAUUUCAGUAGUACUAUUCACGAACCAUAUAGUUCCAAUAACAAUAUGAUGAUCAGCUACAACAAUUUUCAGCUCAUUUCAUCAACUACUUCCCACCUUGCUCAUAAAAUGGGGUUUGAUUUUGAAGGUAAAAAUUGUCAAUAUGAUCAUCACUUGAAUAAUAGUGGAUUAUUGAUGAAAAUGAAAAAUAUAAGCCAACUUGGGAUUGAGACUUUGGCUAGAAUGAAGGACAAGAGAUUAUUGGCAGGGAAUUCUACUGAUCAUGAUUCUGAGCUAUAUGCAGAAACUUUUGAUAUGGUUUUACUGGCCAAUGGUUGGGAAAAUCAACUCGAAAAAUGUGAAAUGAGCGAGUCAUCAUCAAAAGUGUCUAAUGCUAGUAAUUAUAUUGCAAAAACCAGGAAGAGGAAAUGUGUUGCAGGAUGUGAUGAAGAUUUGCUUGAUUUGAGAACUCUUCUCACUCAUUGUGCAGAAGCUGUAGCAGUCAAUGAUCGAGACACAGCCGCAGAAUUACUACUUCAAAUUAGGAGAAACACAUCUAUUUCAGGUAAUGGAUCUCAGAGACUAACUCACUACUUUGGUAAUGCACUUGAGGCACGAUUGAAUGGUAUUGGGAAUGAGUUAUACACAGCACUCUCUACUAAAAGAAUGUCAAUUCUCACCUCCUUGAAAUCUUGGAGACUGUUUCUUUCAGCUUGUCCUCUCAUCAAGUUAUCUAACUUUUUCAUUAACCAUACAAUCUUAGAGUUAGCUGAGAAAUCAAACACUCUUCACAUCAUUCACUUUGGCAUUUUAAAUGGUUUUCAAUGGCCUAGCCUUAUCCAGCGCCUCUCAAUGAGGCCCGGAGGCCCUCCUUUGCUUCGAAUCACUGGUAUAGAUCUCCCUCUACCUGGGUUUAAACCAGCUGCAAGGCUUGAAGAAACAGGAGAUUAUUUGGGAAACUACUGUAAAAGAUUCAAUGUCCCUUUCGAGUACAAACCAAUAAUAUCACAAGUAUGGGAGAACAUAACAUGUGAAGAUCUCAACAUUAACAAGAAUGAAAUUAUUGUUGUAAACUCUCUGUAUUCAUUCAAAUACUUGCUUGAUGACACUACCGCAGGGUUGCACAGCUCAAGAGAUGAUGUUCUAAAAUUGGUGAAGAGUAUUCGUCCAGAUAUUUUCAUUCAUGGGAUUGUUAAUGGGGCUUACAAUGCUCCAUUUUUCACUACAGGAUUCAGAGAGGCACUCUACUAUUUCUCAUCUGUAUUUGAUAUGUUGGAGGCCAAUUCACCUCCUGAAUAUGAGCAGGACAGGAAGGUGUACGAGCAAGAGGGUUUUGGUAAAGAGAUCUUAAAUGUGAUUGCUUGUGAAGGCUCAAAAAGGAUCGAAAGGCCAGAGACCUACAAGCAGUGGCACGCAAGGAACUUAAGAGCUGGGUUGAAGCAACUUCCGCUGAGCCAAGAGAUUAUGAAGAAAGUGAAGAAAAUGAUGAAGGAGACAUAUUACCAAAAGGAAUUUUUGGUCGAUGAAGAUAACCAAUGGAUGCUGCAAGGUUGGAAGGGACGAGUUCUAUAUGCUCUCUCUUGUUGGAAAUCUACCUAGCUAGCUAGCUAUAAGAUCGUCAUAUUAAAAAGAUUGUAAUUAAUUAAUAUUUAUAUAUAUUGGGAAUAUAUUCAGUUAACCUCUGUCAAGUCAGUAGUUCAAUCUUAACUCUAAUCAGAUGAAUUUAAAGAAAGUUGAUGUUAGUUAUAACAGUUGGCUUUGACACUAACAUCUAUAAAUAGAAGUGACUCUACUUUCUCAAUACAUCUCCAAGGCUCAUAAUUUAGAUUUCAGAGUCAAGUUUAGAGAGAGAGAGUCCAAGAUCUUAAUGAGUGUGUGUGUGGAGGGAUGUAAUGGGAGUAUCACUCUUGAAGAUAUUUCCCUCAUUGUGAGGCACUUCUUUGUAAUCGUCUACUGUGUUGAGUUGUAAUGUUACACAUAUUUGAUUGUGUACUGCAGAAUAUACUUCAUCAAUAAAAAUUCACGAUUCAUUUAUUCUUGAGCUAAGUUUAUUCUUGCC